AUGAAUCUUUUCUAUCAGGAGGUCCAGGCCAUUAAAAAUACGAUAUGUAAAAACACUGGUCGGAUUCAGGAGGUCUUUGCUGAGCUGCCGGGGAUCAGCUGCCAGCCACUGAAGGCCGGGUUUUUUGUCUUCCCCUGUCUACACUUCUCUCUGAAGGCAAUACAAUGGGCCAAGAAAAGACAGAUGGAACCAGACAUGCUGUACUGUUUGCGUUUGCUGGAGGAAACCGGUCUGCAUGUGAGGCCGGGCUGUGAAUACGGACAGAGAAAGGACAGCCAUCACAUCAGGCUUUUUGUGGCAACUCAAGAGAAUAUAAUGGAAGAUGCUCUGCAAAGACUGAAGACGUUCCACACGCCAUUCAUGAAGGAGUUUUCUUAGUGUCAUCUUCAGAUUAUCAGAUCUGUUUAACCCUUGAAUGCAUGAAUGUUUCACCAAUCAGCAACUCAAAAUAUAUAUCUAAA